CGGCCGACGCGCGGCAGGCGGAGCGCGGGCAGCCCGCGCCCGAGGACCCCGGCGCGGCGGGAAGCGGGAAGUUUCAAGGCGGCCUGCGGACGCGCGGCCCGGGCAUGAGGCUGCACUGCGAGGUGGAGGUGGUCAGCCGGCGGCUGCCGGCCCUGGGGCUGCGGAGCCGGGGCAGGGCCGUCCGCGCCGUGCUCAGCCUCUGUCAGCGCGAGCCCCGGGGCGGCCCGCCGCGCGCCGGCCUGCUGGUCGCCACCCUGCGGGACAAGCGCGGGACCCGCUACGAGGCUCACCUGCCUCUUUUCACUGGAUCCUUCAGCCAUUCCGAACUUCUUUCAGCUCCUCACAGCUGCCGAGUUCUCUUGCCUUCAAGGCUUUGCACACACUGUUCUCUUAUUGGUAGGCCAUCCCCUCCCUCUUCCACCAGUAUCUUCACUUGCCCAACAUCUCCUAAUCCUUCAGUUCUCACCUUUCAGGUCACCUUCGUACCCCCAGACCAGCAGCUAAAGGAGAACAUUGAGCAAUUCUUCACCAAAUUUGUGGAUGAGGGGAGAGCCACUGUUCGGUUGAAGGAGCCUCCUGUGGAUAUCUAUCUAAGUAAGGCCAAUUCCAGCAGUUUAAAGGGUUUCCUUUCAGCUGUGCGACUGGCUCAUAGAGGCUGCAAGGUUGAGACAUCGCUUUCAACCCUCACCCCUGUGAAGACUUCAGAAUUUGAAAAAUUUAAAACAAAAAUGGUUAUCACAUCCAAAAAGGACUAUCCUCUAAGCAAAAACUUCCCAUAUUCUCUGGAACAUCUUCAGACUUCUUAUUGUGGGCUUGUCCGAGUUGAUAUGCGUAUGCUUUGCUUAAAAAACCUGAGGAAAUUAGACUUAAGUCACAACCAUAUAAAAAAGCUUCCAGCUACAAUUGGAGACCUCAUCCACCUUCAAGAACUUAACCUGAAUGACAAUCACUUGGAGUCAUUUAGUGUAGCGUUGUGUCAGUCUACACUCCAGAAGUCACUUCGGAGUUUGGAUCUCAGCAAGAACAAAAUUAAGGCACUCCCUGUGCAGUUUUGCCAGCUCCGAGAACUUACAGAUUUAAAACUUGAUGAUAAUGAAUUGAUUCGAUUUCCUUUUAAGAUAGGACAACUGACAAACUUGCGUUUUUUGUCAGCGGCUCGAAAUAAGCUUCCAUUUUUGCCUAGUGAAUUUAAAAAUUUAUCCCUUGAGUACUUGGAUCUUUUUGGAAAUACUUUCGAACAACCAGAAGUCCUUCCAGUUAUAAUGCUGCAGACGCCGUUAACUUUAUUGGAAUCUUCUGCACGGACCAUAUUAUAUAAUAGGAUUCCGUACAGCUCUCAUAUCAUUCCUUUCCAUCUUUGCCGAGAUUUGGAUACUGCAAAAACCUGUGUUUGUGGAAGAUUCUGUCUAAGCUGUUUUAUUCAAGGAACUUCUACCAUGAAUCUACACUCUGUUGCUCACACUGUGGUCUUAGUAGAUAACAUGGGGGGUACUGAAGCGCCUGUCAUCUCUUACUUCUGUUCUCUAGCCUGUUACGUAAAUUCCUGUGAUAUGUUAAAGUAAUAGGUGAUAACCACAAAAAAGAAAUCCCAUUUAGUUACACAUCACUUUGGGAUUCAUUUGUGGUUUAACAGUGUCAAACUGGAGAAAGGGAAGCUUUUGUAUACUUGCUUGAGGGGAAGAAUGUGUGUUAUUCUAAAAUUUUCAAUCAUUUGACUAUAAAGUCUUAAUUUCAUUAAAACUUGAUUACUUUCAUCGUGGGGUUAACUUUUUAUCAGUUUAUUGCACUUGUGUUGAUUUCAGCUUAGUGUUUCCAGAAUGGGUUGUGGGUUAUCUUUUAAUGUUAAACAGAUACUGAUCCCAAUCACUCUGGUCAUAGGAUUUUCUUAUCAACAUUCUUCCUGCAUUUCAGUUAAAGAAAUUGAGUUUCUGUAUGCAGAAAAUAUACCUCAGAGGACUGUGGUCUAAAUUAUAGUGAAAACUUGUUUGGUAUGAAACUGCAUAGAAGUUUUUAGCAUACCACUUUUUGUUUUUUUAUGUGUAUUCUAUAUAUGGAAUUUUAUAUUCAACAGGUAUGAAGUAUGAGUUGCUUUGGGACAAAUGGACUUCAGCUUUUAUAAGUUUUGUAAUGUUAAUCAUAUAAUCUUUGUUGUGAUUUCUAAGUUAAUUUUUAGGGUUGGAACAAGGUUUUGGGGUUGGGUGGGAAGAGCAGAAAAUUGCUACUUUUUACUGACUAUAUUCUGUAUUAUUUGAGGGUGGUUCUUUUUCUGUUUAGUCACUUGCUAUGUUUAAGUUUUUUAAUUUAAAAAGUGGUGGUAAUACACCAGCUAAAGGAAGAUGAGGCUUUGAACUAGGUCAGAGGGAAGAGAAAAGAAACUAAGUUGAAAGAAUCAUGGAACUUGGAGUCAGUAGACCUGUGCCAUUCUGUUCUUUCCCACUACCCUUCUCCAAGCCAGCCUCCCUCCUGGAUCAUGGCAGUAGUCUCGGAACUGGUUCAGAAACAAGAAGGGGAAAGAGAAAGUGACAGGAGAAGUGCCUCUCCAGUGUCAGCAUAUCACUGCUGUUUGGGCUUGCAGCGAGGUGGAGUCUAUGAAAGUUUCUUAUGGUUUAACUACUACCUCCUUUUCUUCCUAAAACAUUUCUUAUUGGGGACAUUUUUUUCUUUUCUGAAAAUACAAAUAUUCUUGAGUAAAUACUGUUUAAAUGUUAGAACAUUUUUAUUAAAAUUUUAUGUAUAUGAUCUCCAAAACAUAGUUUCUUCUCAGAGCUGAUUCUUUGAGACUAGGCAUUGUCCAGAGGAGUAAUUCUUUGGGUGACCUUACAUUUGUAUUACUAAUGGUCAGUUAGAUUCUUCCUACAAAAGAUUUACAUACUUUCUAGUUUUUCAUUUAAGAAAAUUUUAUAUAUAGUGCACACAUACCUUAAAUAAAAAGAGCUGCUAUUUUUCUGGUA